AUGAGUCGUCAAAUUGAGCAGGCAUUGCUCUCUUUAAUGCCAACAUAUGGCUCUGAUUUACCACCAUCCCUUGUCGAGCUGGCAGGUUCUCUGCUCGCCCAGUCUCGGCAUCGAGCGAGCGCUCUCAAGACAGAAGAGGAGAUUGCUAGAUUAUAUGCUUGCGCAAACAUUGCUUGCGAUCGUUUGAAAAUUACUCUUGAUCUUCCACCUAUUGAGCCUCGACCACCGAUCCCACCCCGUAUUUACAACCGUCUUUACACUCAUCUUGACAACAUUCUACCAAGUAGCGCUUCAACUCCUGGACGAACCGCUGCCGGAAGAAGGACACCAAGUUCAAGGUUUCGCAAUAAUGGCGGUUCACCUGCCGACCGGCCACUGCCAUCGAGGGGAACCCCGACGAAAGAACAAACCCUCGCACAGUUCAGAACGCCUUCAAAGGGGGCAAGCGGAACCGCGAAAAAAGCCACAAGCGACCAGCAAACCUUUAGGGGCAUCAAUCUUCAUGGAUGGAUUCAACCAGUGACGAGAUGGGUAUGUGAAGAGACAGACCACAAGAAACUCGCCCCCACGAUUCUUGCUGGUCUGGAAACUAUAGUUACACCAGGAGGUCGAAGAACAGGAGACGAAUGGGUGCUGCAGAAUGUCACAGCCUUGUUCGCCGCAAUCUACUUCUUCGUCACCGUGCACGUCAAAGCUCUUGCGUCAGGAGAAAACAUUGAUGGAGAAGGAUAUGUCCCUCUACGAAAGGAGAUUCUUGCUUUGCUCACCAGGGCAAGGCAGGAAGUCGACGUUAAGGGGUUACCAGAGGAGAAUGCUUGGGAAGAUUGGUCAAAUAUCAAUUCGAAGGAGUUCGAUGAUGCAGUUGCCAAAGUCAACGAACGUUCAUGGCUCACUGGUGAUUGGUAUCAAGGGAUCGCAGACGUCGUCAAGCUGACUCAAAGAGGUCACUUUGAAGAUGUUGCGAUGCUCGACGAUGAGACCAUGCCAAAGAUGCAAGUCAAAAAGGCAGACACCAUGUUUCAAGACAAAUACGACUUUCUAAGCGAUGCCAGGCGAGCAGAAUACGUGCACUGGGAGAAGGAUAUUUACGCCAAAAUUGCUCUAUCGACGGGCACGGCUAUGGAAGUAGAUACACAAUGA